UUUGACAAAUGUUUGGGUAAUUUUAUUUGUGUUGGAGGCAGUAAUGUCUCCUGGGAUUAUGCAGGUCCAGGCAUUUAACAGAGGGAUCCUGGUUAGGAAACAGGACAACAUCAGGGCUCUGGGAAACAUAAUCAAACAGGAACAAGUGGAGACACCAAGGGCUGGCCCGAGGUUAGUCCUGGGAUCUCACUGCACCAGGAUCCGGCCCUCUGGAAUGCCUGGCGACUUCAUGGCAGCUUCCGGCCCUCCUCAGGGAGCGGUCUCACCACUCUGAUGUGUGUUUAGGCCACGAGGUGAGAGCUAGGGCUGGGUUCUGGCUCUACGCCCUGCAACUUUCCUGCCACUACUCGCGCCUGUAUCCCUGCCCAACAAUAGGGGGCGCUCCAGUCGGUGAUAGCCAACUUCCACCGGAGCCACCACAACCGCACCGCCCGAUUGCCUCUCCAGCCUGUUAGAAACCGGUUUCAGAUCCGCGGUAGAACCGCGGGCGGGAAAAAGUCAAAGCGCUGUCUAGGGUUCCCCUUCGGGUCCGCCAUCCUCUGGUCUCCCUGGUCUCCCAGGCUCUGGGCUGACUAGGCGCGGACAGCUGAGCCCGCCUUUCAACCAGGCCCUUUCUCCCGCCCCUCUGCAGCUGAAACCCUCAAGAGGUUGCAGGUUCAGCUUUGACUUAUAGAGACUACAACUCCAAAUUCAGAGUCGCUGGGGAAACUGAGGCAGGACUGGGGACUCUGGGUGAGAGGUCAGGCGCUGGUCGCGGACUCUUUCUUCCGAGAGCUGAGACGGCUCUUCUGAUAGCCCAAAGCUAUUAAUGCCGAUCCUAGAAGAAAGCGCAGAGGUCCGGGCGGCUGGCCGGGGAGAGCGGCUGGGAAACCUCAGGGUGGCGCUGGCUGGAGGUGGGGCCGGGGGCGGGUUCCUGGCGGAGGGCGGGGCAGACAUGGGCUACCGGGUGUGCCAGCCAAGCCCGGCACAGAGGAGGUGGUGGUGGUGGCCCUCGCCUGUGGCCCAGGUGCUGCUUGCGCUCGAACUCGCCGCCAUGGAGGAGUUCCAGGAGCCUCUGAGUGGGCAGCUCCGGCUCUGCUUCUCGCCUGCGGCCCGGACCAGCCUCUUGCUGCUCAGGCUCAACGACGCUGCGCUGCGGGCGCUGCAAGAGUGUCAGCAGCAACAGGUACGGCCGCUGAUUGCUUUCCAAGGCCACCGAGGGUAUCUGAGGCUCCCAGGCCCUGGCUGGUCCUGCCUCUUCUCCUUCAUAGUGUCCCAGUGUGGCCAGGAGGGCGCUGGUGGUAGCUUGGACCUUGUGUGCCAACGCUUGGUCAGGUCUGGGCCUAACCGCCUUCACUGCAUGGGCUCACUCAGGGAGCGCCUCACUAUUUGGGCAGCCAUGAAUUCUAUCCCAGCCCCAUUAUCUGUUCAGGGACACAACCUGACUGAAGAUGCCAGACAUCCUGAGAGCUGGCAGAACACAGGAGACUAUUCUGAAGGACAUGCAAUAUCACAGCCACAGAUGGCGCUAGAGGAGGUGUCUAUGUCAGAUCCACUGGCAAGCAACCAAGGACAGUCACUCCCAGGAUCCUCAAGGGAGCACAUGGCACAGUGGGAAGUGAGAAACCAGACCUAUCUUCCAAACAGAGAACCUGAUCAGGCACUGCCUUCCUCUACCAGCCGGAAACGUCUGGAGAAGAAACGUUCAGUGCCUGUAGCCACUGUAGAACUAGAAGAAAAGAGGUUCAGAACUCUGCCUCUAGUGCCAAAUCCCCUACAAGGCCGGAGCCAUCAGGAUUUACAAAAGGGAGAAGACUGGGAGCAAGAAGAUGAAGAUAAGGACAUGGACCUCAGAUUAGAACACAGAUCCUCAGUUCAAGAAGACUCUGGAUCCCCAGGUCCUGAAGAUGUACCAGACUACCUUCUGCAAUACAGGGCCAUCCACAGUGCAGAACAGCAACAUGCCUAUGAGCAGGAAUUUGAGACAGAUUAUGCUGAAUACCGCAUCCUGCAUGCCCGUGUUGGUGCUGCAAGCCAAAGGUUCAUAGAGCUGGGAGCAGAGAUUAAGAGAGUUCAGCAAGGAACUCCGGAACACAAGGUGCUGGAAGAGAAGAUAGUCCAGGAAUAUAAAAAGUUCAGGAAGCGGUACCCAGGUUACAGAGAAGAAAAGCGUCGUUGUGAGUACCUUCACCAGAAAUUGUCCCACAUUAAAGGUCUCAUCCUGGAGUUUGAGGAAAAGAACAGGGGCAGUUGAAGUUAUCAAGAGGGCUCUUGACCCUCUGCUUAGUGAAACAUGAAGGAACAAAGCAGCUAUAAACUAAAUAGAAUGCAGCUAUCUCUUUUUCUUAUGCUGACCACUGGAGUCCAGGUGGCAAGUGGAGAGUUGCUCUAGGUUCUUGAGGUUUGGUUUUCAUUGUUGCUAAUUUUUAGGGUGUGGGCACUAUGCAAAGACUCCAUAGCUGUUGUGCUCAGGAGUCUAGAAAAAGUGACAGAGGCUUGGCUUCUUCACUUUUAGUUCAGCCAAGUCAUUUUCAAGUCCUGAGAAAUGACAUCAUCUUCAGGAUAAGAUAAUGAGGACAUUAGGCAAAUUAAGUUAAUUUAGCCCGGUAGCCUCUCUAAGGAAACAAUAAUGACAACUUUUGCUAAGAGCUAAAAUAACUUGUAGCAUACCUGGAUAUAAUGGGAAGGGGCCUGGGUCUUAGCCAUGUACUGAAUUUUUUUACCAACAUGGCUAAAAAAUUAAAACUGAUUGCUUCUGUGUUCUUUG